GGGUGAGCGGCAGGGCUGGAGGCUGGCUUGAAAUAAAGGCAGGACGCGUUUCUCCUCAGGUAACUGUUGGGCUACACGCUCGUGUUGUUUGGCUCUGAGCUGCUGUAGGGCAGCGAGGCUUGCUCUGAGGACCACCGGUGUUGGCCUGGGCCAUACGCACCCAUUCGGUGCUUGAUGGGCUUUCCGAAGUUGCUCGAAGCAGAGAGCUCUUGUUUAUUUGGGUAUAUAACGCUAAUAAAUCUCACUGCGUUGUGCACUGGAAAACAAACGGCAGUCUUGAAAAUUGCUUUCACUCACUUGCUUACUCUUUAGGAGCUGGGGUGGAACAGUAUCGGUCUUAUGUUACUUGGAAGGGUUAGCUGCAGUGCUUGCAAGUGUGCUGGGAGUCCUCCAGGUGAUAGGCUGUGGUUGUGCUCUAUAGAUGAGAGUUAUGCGGUUGCAGAAUGGUUUGGGUUGGAGGGAACCUUAUAGCCCACCCUGUAACACCCCCACCGUGGGCAGGGCUGUCACUCAGUGCAUCAGUUUGCCCAGGGUCCCAUCCAACCUGGCCUUGCUAUCAACGUGUAAUUGAUGUAAUUGAAUGCUGGGUAACUUUAUUUUAUGUAUCUUUCUAUCAUUUGAACUACCUUCUGUGGCUCAGGAUCUCUGCUGAGUUCUUUAGUGACCACACAGAGCUUAGUCACUGUUUGAGAAGCACUGUCUUUGCCUGCUGUCCCUGAGCAGGCCGUGAGUUGGUCAUGUUUUUAAAGUUUGCCUUCCCCCUCUAAACUCAAUUUUCACUUGGUCCCCAUUUAUUCUAAUAAAAAUCCUCUGCCACCAGCAGGACGGAGCAGGGGAUUAGCUAAAAUGUAGUCAAUUGAUAAACUUUGAUAUUUGUGUUGUCAGAAGAGCCACAGGGCAGGCUUGUAAAUUACAAUGGAAGGAAUUGCUUCUCUGAAUACGGUAUUCAUCAGCACGAAGACUAAGCUAAUAUUAUAUGACAAAUGGUUUGCUUUUAGUCCCCCAGAAAGAGGCUUUAUGUGUCUUAGAUAAUGACUGUGGACAUAAAUCAAGCAUAGUAUUGUCCGCAUAAUCAUGUAAUCUUCUGUUGUUCCCAGCUCAUUUCAACAUACAGCUGCACUUAGGGCAGACAGGCCAGCAUUAGUGAUUACAUUGCCAUAGCUUGAACAUGUGGCUUGGGUAAGUGGCUGAGUCUUAAUUCCUUGGGUAGGUUGAUACAGGAUUUUUGGAAGUCCAGUGACAAAAUAACAAUCACAAAUGCUUCUUUUUGUCGUAUAAACAGUGAGAGUAACCAAAUCUCACCCUGCAGGGUGUGAAUUCAGGGAGGGGUUACUUUGUGCAUAGUGUGAAUCAGUGAUGGUGAAGUGUAUGCAAGGUGAGGGAUCCUUUCUGGAAGGAUAGAUAGUCCUUCCCAAUUGCAGGAGAGUAGGCUGGAUUGUUUGAUUGGUACAAAAAGUCCUUCAGCUCUGUAGUCUGACACUACAGAGGAACUUUUGGCAGCGUUGCUGCUCCUGUGUCUGCAUGAAGAAACAACAGAACGGUUUUUCUUUGAUAACAGUGAAACCAAAACAGGGGCUAAUAGGAUGAAUUAACGUAUUGGGAAGAACUUACUUUCCUUGUCACAGGUAAUUUGAUCAGCAUGGAGAUCAUUGAGAUAGGUAAUUCUCAUAGUAAGUACUGUCUUUUGCUUGUGAAAUCAGGUCAUUUUGUGAAGCUUUCAUUAACAUUUCACCUAAUACUUUGUGUACAGGUUAAAAAAAAAAAGUAAAUAAAACACCAAAUUGGGGAAAUAUUAAUCUAUGCAUCAGUCAAUCUGAUUUUCUGAUUUCUUGGUGUUUUUGUUGCUUAAUUUUUGCAUUCUAGCUUGAGUGGUAAAUUUAUGCCUUAGUUUCUGAUGUAUAUGGCUGGUAUACCUAUAAACAAACUGGCAAUUUUUUAGAUGGAAAACAGUUUAGUGUGAAUUGUAGCUGAGUAGAGUAUGGUUGCAAAGUUGGAUACCUAGAACUUCAGUGUAAUAAUUAGGAGAUAGCUUAUAUGAGAUUGUGAUUGUCAGAUGGUUAGUUGUCUUCUAUAUUUUUACUAGUAAAAGGGAACAGUGGCUGAUGUAAAACGGUAGCCAAUGGGAUUUCAUAACAGCAAAAAUCAUACAAUCAUAGAGUGGCCUGGGUUGAAAAGGACCACAAUGAUCAUCAAGCUUCAAUCCCCCUGCUAUGUUCAGGGUCGCCAACCACCAGACCAGGCUGCCCAGAGCCACAUCCAGCCUGGCCUUGAAUGCCUCCAGGGAUGGGGCAUCCACAACCUCCUUGGGCAACCUGUUCCAGUGCGUCACCACCCCCUGAGUGAAAAACUUCCCCCUAAUAUCUAACCUAAACCUCCCCUGUCUCAGUUUAAAACCAUUUCCCCUUGUCCUAUCACUAUCCACCCUCGUAAAAUCUCCUAAGUAAAACCACAGACAACUAUUCACCUUUCAGUACCAAAGAACAGGGAAUAUUAAGUAAUAGUUUGGUACAAACAGGUUGAGCUUCUCUGUAGUAUGAGCAAGUACCCUAAAACUUAGCUGUGAAGGGGGGCACAAGGGGCCAGCAAAAGGAAGAUGGCUGGCACAAGUGGGGAGCUGAGCGUGCUUAGGUUCGCACUUCUGGGUAUGCCAGGUUUGUGUCCUGUCUCCCUGUCCCCAGAGUAACAGAUGAGCGACGUUUAUCACAUUUGUGCUGGGAAUGCCAGUGAGAGCAGGGGUGUUCUCCUGCCUGACUGCUGUCUUUGGAAACUCUCAAGUCUGCUCUGGAGGAAAAGGGUUCAUUGCCAAGGUAGACUGCUUCUGCCAUGUAUGCAAGCUUAGAGUUUGCUGGCACUACUAAUAAUCUGAGUCCACGCUCUUAGUGGAUAAAGAAGAUAUUCCCAAAGAUCAUUCUUUUCUACUUCUUUUUUUUUCCUUCCCAGGAUGAAUAGAGCUGAAUCUAAUGUUCUGAGAGGCUUGACACACCUGCUAUGUGAUGACAAAACAGCUACAGCUGUUAGAAAAGCCUACAGCUGGUAGAAAGCCUUGGUGUUAUGAACACGCUAGUGAAGGAUGAACUUGCUUAUAGCUGAGCAGGUAGUUAAAUUCCAAAAGAUAUUUUGUUGUCUACAGAGAGAUUUUUUUUUUCUACCAGCUUGCCAGCAUGCAGAUGACCUUGCCCUAGAAACACUUCACUGUUGUUUGGAGCUGAAUUCAUGAUGAACAACCUAGGUUUCCAUGUAUCACAACUGAGGGCACAGGAGAGGUUGACAAGACGCAGACACGGCCUUGUAUAUCCACUUCAUUUUCCAGUGAAGAGCUAUCUCUGGCUGACUGACUAGAUCUGAACCAAAAUGUGGAGGAGGCAGGAGCUGCUCUCAGGUGUGGCUGUUACAUUCUUCACAUAGGAACUGAAAAAAAAAAUUCCUUUUGGAAAUCCACGUUUGCUAAAUUAGCCAGGUAAAAAUAGUAGCCUGUAGCCCGAUAGCAUCAGGCUUCUUCUGUGCUGCUUUCUAUGAUGGAAAAAAAGUGUAUCACAGGCAUUUCUCAAAAUUUGUUUCAUUAUUAUUAUUAUCUUUAUUUUUAACGAGGGAUGGUUGCAUAACGUGGUCCCUGCCCUUCCCUCUCACUGGUGCCUUACAAGGGAGGUGACUGGAACACCAGCCAAAUAUCAGCCUGAUGAUGAAAGGAUUGUUCCACUGAAAAUGUCACUAAUUUUUAGCACGCUGAGUCCUAUGUGGAGGGGACAGUUUACAUUAGUAACUCCACAGAUAAAAGCGUUGUACUGCAUUGUUUUAAGGCAGCUGUUGUUUCUUGAAGUUAAAGAUAACAAGAUUCUUCUGUUUUGUGGUAUUUAGCAUUUGGCAGAGCAGGAAAGGAGAACAAAUUCAAUCACAAAGUACAAAUUUAAUGGGAGUACCUGUUUUUACAAAGUACAUAAAUUGAAUCCAGAGAACAAAGUCGGUGUUUAAUAAUGAUUAAAAUUAUGAUUUAACAAGUCCUAACAUCUGGAACCGUAUGGGAAUUUUGUUCUCCUUUAGAGCUCCUCUGUGGGAUGCUAGGCAAUCUUAUAGCAAUGAAAGACCUGGCUGUUACAAACAUGUAGCAGCCAACUGUUGAAGGGUGUUCCUAUUUAGUGGAGUAAUGGCACUUGGUUAACAGUAGCAAACACACUGAGAAUUAGUUUCUAAGUAAAACAUCCCUAGGGUGAGACUUGUAAUUUGGUAUCUCUUGGAAGGCAUCACAGUGAAUUCUGACUUCCAGAAUUAGCUGAAAGAAAGGAGUUUCACCGCUGUUGGUGGGAUUAACAUGCAUCUUUGUAGCUGGAUUUCACUGGAUUUCUUUGUGCUUGGGUUAGUCCAGUGCAGCGGUGAAGUAGUCUGGGUCAGCAGGCUGAUAGUCUUCACGACCGACUUGCCAUAUUUCACUUCUGUAAAUUGAAAGCUUUGCUGUGCUGAAGAAGAAUUUUCUUGCUGAAUUUUGUCAUCUGCUUAUGGUUUAAAAUAAUUUAUUUUCUUCACUUAUUGAAGUUACAGCAUGGAUCAUCGUUUCUGCAAACCUUGUGGGAAUGACAUGAAGGUUUUUAUUCUUUAAAUACAGGGUAGGAAAUAUUCAAGUUUAAGGAAGGAAAUAAAACUUGAAUAUAUUGUAAAUACAGCUUCUGGUAAAGUCUUACAAUUUAGUCCUGCCCCAGUCUUAACAGGCUCAGUUAAUCAUUGCAUCGCAUCAUACUAGCGGCACAGAUGCAAAGUUUAUUAUAACAGUUCUUCAUGAAUUCACCUCUCAGGUACGUCAUGAGCAAGGAAUAUAGGUGACCAUUUUAUAUUGAAAUGCUUUAGGUGGGUUCUCUUCUGGUUAAUUUUUGUAUGGAGGCUCUUACCCUAUCUUGGCCUGUUUAUCUUCUCAUUUAACGGGAAAGGGGAAUUCAUAUAAAAUAUGUAUUAUAUGAGCAUCUCGGCUCAUUUAUGUGCUGGAUUUGGUGACUUCACUGCUCAGUUGUAAAAGCAGCAAUUAAAAACUUAAAAGUAAUUAUUAUUAAUUCUACUUUAUUAAAGAUAAUCAUUUUAAAAACACUUGGAAUUGUGUCCCAUAAAUUGUUUAUGCUUUGAAUUAUUCCUGAUAGAAAUUGAGCCUGAAGUCAGAGAAAAACACAAAGGUGAACAAAAAUUUAUGGAGUAGAUCCUAUUUCUUUGAAGUAUUUGAAAAGCACGGCGUGCAAAAUAUGGCUGUUACAUCAAACAGAUGUAGUGAUGAGACAAUAGGGAAAUCUUCAUGGACUAAAUAAAAAUGUGUACGAGUGUAAAACAUGAGUAUGAUUGACCUUUAGUAUCUGUUUAAAAGAGAUGUGUGUGGAACUGAAGUCAACUGAAGGUCCCCAUGGUAUUCUUCAGAUGAAUCUGACUGCUACGGCUGUUGCUGCGGUUGAGUUGUGCAAGUUGUGGUGCGGUUACACAGCAACAGAAGUUGAGGCUGUGGUUCUCAAGUUCAGUGAGCAACAGUCUGUUGGGAGCCCACAGUGUGCUCUGAGGCCAUUGUGUCUCUUUGAUUUAAAGAAAAAAAAAAAAUAAAAACCCCAAUUUCCUGUCCCAUUGACCAUCCACAUUCUGCUGACAGUAAAUGUGGACUGCAGUUUAGAAAUAUCAGAGUGAUGAUACAGGAGGGGGAACGGCUGUUUACAGGGGUGGAUAGUGACAGGACGAAGGGGAAUGGUUUUAAACUGAGACAGAGGAGGUUUGGGUUGGAUACUAGGAGGAAGUUCUUCAGUCAGAGGGUGGUGACGCACUGGAACAGGUUGCCCAAGGAGGCUGUGGAUGCCCCAUCCCUGGAGGCAUUCAAGGCCAGGCUGGAUAUGGCUCUGGGCAGCCUGGUCUGGUGGUUGGCGACCCUGAACAUAGCAGGGGGUUGAAACUCAGUGAUCACUGUGGUCCUUUUCAACCCAGGCCAUUCUAUGAUGAACAGUGAUAAUUAUCUGGUAGAUAGACUGAACUUGAGAUGUUCUGCAUUCUCUUUUGUCCUUAUACUCCUGUAGAACCUGUACUUUAGUGUAAGUUCUUGAGGGCAAAUGGUGGCGUUAUAGUUAGAAAUAGUUUAUUUCAAAAAAUAAAAGGGUAAGUCGACUGGAGGGAGAGAGAAAGAUCUGGAAACACAAAACCAGUUAGUUUGGAUAGGAAGAUGAAGGGGAAGUAGUGAAGCAGAUUCCUUCCUUCUCCUUUUAAGCCUUCUCUUUCUUUCUUUCUUUUCUUUUUUUCGUGAGCCAGUGAUAAAGCUGGAGGGAGAAGAGAAAAGAAGUAUAAUGCUUUAGAUGUUCAAGCUUUGCUGGCAAACCUUCACAGGUGCUGGCAAUUUUCUUUUUGCUUCUUUCCAAUGUUGUAGCGUGCACUAUUUCUUGGCAAGCUCUUUCACAGUAGUUAGCAGUCCAGCGAAGUCACUGUGAGCCCCAGGUGCACAAGGAAAUGCAAAACUUUCCCAAGUUUGAGGCCAUGUAAAUAAGAUAUUUACAAAAGAAUGAAGCUGUGCGAUUAAAAUUUGGCUUUCAGCUGUGUUGGCAUGGAGGUAAUGUGAAAAGAAAGGAGCUGUCCAGGUGAGGAUUUUAAUGUGUUUACCGGCUGAUCAGUAUGAGCAUGUAAAUCUCUGUGUUUCCAGAGGGCUGAUAAGUACACCUGGGAUGUAAUUUACAUGCAAGUGAGCUUACAUCAAAGAUGCCUGCAGUGAUAUUUCCUCUUUAUCUUCCAAGACUUACUGCUCUGGGCUGUGUCACGAUGAGGAGUGGAAAUGAGUACUGCAUUGAAUGUAUUCAAUCCCCCCGACGGUGCUGCAAGUCUCAGACUGGACAUUCAGGUUGACUUAAUGUAGUACUGCUCUAAUCGCAAUUCCUUCAAUCAAUAUCAGCAGUGCAGAUAAUACUGUAGGGUGACUUGAGGGAGCUUUGCACUCAAUUUUUUUCGGAGGAUGUCUGGGUACAACCUGCACAUUCCCUGCUAGCACAGAGCUGCUUGCUCCAAGUCUGUGCUGAAAACAUCAUCUAUUGUUCACUCAUGGCUCCACAGAGUUUUAGGCUCCACUUGGGUACCACUGAGCCCUAUUUAAUAACACAGGGAACUAUAUUAAUGCUAAUUCUUUACUUUUGCUCACUGACAUCUAUGACAAUUAUAUGUCAGCAAGGGGGGAAAUAGGGGGAAAAAGAAAACAAAUUAAUUUCCGUGUCUGGGAAAAAAACAGAUAAAGCAGAGCAGAGAUGAGAGAAUAUACCAUGUUUUAACAUACCCUGACCUACACCACUGACUUCAACUGCUGCUUGCAGUUCAUUUUGCCAGCAGUAAGGCUGCCGCACAGCUUUGCUGAAUACCUUUUCAUAGUGGCUCCUUGGAGCCUGGCAAAGCAGCUGCUGCCUUGAUUUUCACUCUCUGGUAAGAUGCAAGACUAUGGAUGCGGUGAGGAUAUAGUGAAGAAAUAUACUUGACAUGUUAUCUGUUUAAAUAAGAAGAAUAAGAGACUGCUUUGUAAAAUAUUUGCAAUCAAAACAGCUUUAAGAAAAAGAUAAAAAAAAAUAAGUAGGUACAUAUCCGUUUUCAUGCAUAUUGUAGUUGAUUGUAUUUGAAAGCAUUGAAAGAAAAAAGUCAAAAAACAAAAAAGUAUUCAUAAGGCGAUUGGAAUGGAAAUGGUUAUAUUCUGGUAAAGAUAAGUAAUUUUAGCUAACCUCCUCCCACCCUUUUUAUCAGACCCAAAUGGAGAAAGCUAGUUUAAUGUUUUACCAUCCCAUCUCAGACUCAGAUUUUGAUCCCCCAGACGUGGGCCGAGCCUGUGUGGAGGAGUCAAGGCUACAAGAGAAGGACUCAUGCAACAGUUUCCAUUAGACUAUUUUCUCUUUUUAAAAAUAACCGAAACCUGUUAGUGUUCUCUGUAUUUAUUUUUAAUGUAGAGGCGCAUUUUUGAGGGUAGUCUUACUUGACAGUGUCUUUUGUAUUUCCGUUUGACUGUAAUUUCCUCAGUCUGAGAAACACAACUAAAUGUCUUGUCUUGGUCCUUUUGCCAAAAUGCUUUAAAGCAGUUGUGUCGUCUUGAAUGAUCAGGGACUCCAUAUGUACUAAGAGUGUGAACUUAUCUAAGGGCAUAUGGGAGCAGCAAUGAUUGUGCACUGCAUGCAGCUGAAGGCUGUAGUUGCUUGAGGAGAUUUUUUUCUGUCCUUUUGGAAUCUAAGUGCUUCCUCUCCCUCUCUCGGCUGCCAAGGCAAGGCUGCAUUUUACUGCAAAGACGUUAAGGUCCACCCAUCCCCCUUUUCUUUGAAUUCUCAAGUAAAUCUUCUCCAAAUAUUGCAAAUAAACAACAGUAAGACCAGUGUAAAUCCCACAUUUGUCUUAGUUGGAAUGCCAGACUUCUGUCUGGAACAUCUGAAUAUGUGCUUAGGGUGCAGCUUCCUUCUAUUCAAGGGUGGUGAUCAUCUAGUCAACAAAGCGUUGGAUUUACAAGAUGAAGUCACUUACAAGAGAAGGCUCCUGUCCUAUAUGGAGCAAUAUUCAGGGAGCAAAAUAGGGGAUAUUUUGCUUGUGGUGUGGCAAGUGCUGCACCUGCUUGUGCUUUUUCCUCUGUUCUUCGCCUAGAUCAGGAAUGUAGCUUGUGCUUGAUGAAGGGUGCAGGAUUUCUAACAGAAGUAAAAAUUAGCUAUCUCACAAGGACUGCACUAAAUGCAUUCUAAUGGCUUUCCAGAUUAAUGGGAUCUAAAUCAAUGUUUGCUAGUGACAAAUGCAUCAAUAAACACCAAUUUCUUUGCAAUUCUUGGCUUUCUAUGAUAUCUUAAUGCUGCUUCUAAACAGGAACCCUCUCUUAUUGAUGUCAGGCAAAAACCAUUUCCCAUAUUGGAUAUGGUGGCAUAAUUCUCAUCUAUUUCAAGAGGGAGGACUGACAAAGGAUAAUCCAGCCUCUGUUCUAGGUACUGGGGACGUUUUUUUGAAGUGCCAGGCAGAGAAAGAGUACAGGAAUGUAUUAAGGUCUCUUUGUAAGUCCUUUUUCAACACUGAAAGAGCCUGUGCUCUUUGAGGUUCUGGCCACGUUUGACCCUGCAUGCUUCACAGGCAUCAUUCAGUUGGUUCAGCAGCUGUUUAUGAAGCACCAAAAUUCAGAAGGCUUUCAUCUUUUCUGAAUGAAACGCAUUCUUUUCGUUCAGCUGGCAUUCCUAAAUUUGUGAAGCAGCACCAGUUCCCUAAUAUUAACUGUGUUUAUGUUCAAUUGUGUCAUCCAAAUGUAACAGAGUUCAGAUUAGUUAAUACCACUGAAUAGGUGUUGGUUUUUUUUGGUUUCUUUCUUUUUUUUUUCCUCAAAACAUCUGCUCUGAAUUCCAGGAAGGUUAAUUUGCUGAAAUUUUUGAUGGUUUUCAGGGGGUGUGAGGUUUUAUUAUGAGAAAUUAAGUUUGUGAUCAAAGCAUUUGAUCUUAUACUAUUUGUAUCCGCUUAGAAUGACUCCUUUUAGAAAUUUAAGAGGCUGUUAUUUUUCUCUUGGUGUUCUAAAUUUCAGUUACUUGCUUCGUGCCUCUUUUUUGGCAAGAGAUUAGGCCAAAAUUCGUGGUGAUAUAUAUCCUUGGAAUGGAGUGGUUUGCUCAAACAGAGUCUAUAUUUGUGCUAAACUUUCUUAAGGAAAAAUACUGAACUGUUAAGCUUUUACUGGCUCUGGAAAGCAGACAUGAAGUUAGCAUGUGAGAAGAGAAUGUUCCUGUUGACUGGCCUUCUUUUUGCACAGCUGUGGCAUGUUUAAAGUCAGCAGGUCUUAUUUUUUCCUACUGGGAAGGUGUGGGAUUACAUCUAUGAGGGCUGCUCUGAAAGUAAUGCCUCCUAUUUUAUGAUGCUGGUCUGUGAUAGAAGUGGCUGUUGGUGGUAUGAGAGUAGAGGCCGAACCUUCCAGCCAGUAUCCCACUGCAUUUUGUUGCUGUGUGACUGGUGGCAGCAGAGGGGCAGUCUGACAAAAUGGCGUCUGACAUGGAAGAUGUGGUCACGUGAAAGGUGUGUCACUGAAUUCCUCCAUGCAGAAAAAAAUGGCACCCGUUGACGUUUGUUAAUAUUUGCUGAGCGCUUAUGGGGACCAAACAGUGGAUGUGCACACAGUAAGGCGGUGGGUGGUGCAUUUCAGCAGUGACUGCAUUGAUGUGAAAAACAAGCCACGUUCUGGCUGGCCAUGCACAGCUGUCAUACCAUAAAAUUAGGAGCAUCUCAAUCAGCUCAUCCAUGUAAACCAGCUAAUGGUGAUAACUAUGAUGAAAAACACUGUUCUGUAGCUGAGAAUCUGGUGUAACAGAUAUCGUUGUAGUGCUCUUUGCAUCUGUUGUUUCUGUGAAAAUAAAUAGGAGGCAUUACUUUUGGAGCGACCUAUGCAUUUGUUUUUACACGCUCUCAACUAAGCUCUGUGUUUCUAUAGUAGGCACUGGGAUACUUUCACAAAAGAUGCUUGGUAAAAACAAUCCAUGCUUUGAAGAAACAUGCUAUUUUCAGGGAGGAUCGGUCAUUUUUUCCCACCUUAUUCAGUCCUUGGCCUUUCAAAUGGUAUCAACAAAGGAAGUGACUAUUGCAAAUGCUUUUGUGGUUCCUGAUUUAUGGAGGGCUGGAUGGAGAUCCAUUGACUCAUUUCACAUAAGCCACCAAAGAGCUGCUUCCAGUCAGAGCUUGGACCAGGCUGUUGAGCUGAAAGACGCCAUCCCCAACUGCCAGCCAUGCUUCACAAGAAACACAAGAAACACACGUUACAAAUAUUUCAACAUUACAAUUCAGCCUUUGUUCUUUUAGCACUUGGCAAAGGAUGUCUCCAGAGAGGUAUUUUUAGCAAAUGCUAUGUAGAGAGCUUCAAAUCUUUCUUUCUUUGUGGAAGAUAUUUUUACUGUCUGUGAGAUGCUCAGAGUUAAAGGAUAUAGAAAUGACAAGAUGCUCAAACCUCGGUCAGAUUCCAAUUCUCUGAAGGUUUUGGGGACCUGGGUUAGGUUUUGGGUCCAUGUUAGAGACAGUUUACCAGUUCUCCUCUGCUGCUCUGUUGGGCAGGGAUGCCACCAAAUAUGUUGGCUUUAUUUGGUGCUUAAAACAUAUUUAACUGGAAGUGAAAUCCAUGCCAUAGGACUGCUGUUUGGUUUCAAGAAGUGUUUGGGAAGCAUGCUAUUGACUUGGCCAACAGUCAUGGGUUUUUGAGAAGAUCAGGAGAAGCAAACUGCUAAAUCUGAAGAUGAAUUCCAGGUACGCUCAUCGUGUGCUGAUGGCUGGAAUUGUAUCAGCUGCCAGACAGGAUUCAUCUGUCCUUACCUGAAUGUUUAAAAGCUGCAUAUCCAAGGCAGUUGGUCACUUCUGUAGCCAAUGGGGGUGAGAAAGUCCUUUCAGAAAGGGCUUCCUCUGAGCUGCCUUAGGAGGAGAUGUUUGCUUCUACCUCAUGAGGGUGACUUCUUAGCACUGUGCCACUGCAACAGAGCAAAGGCUGGCUUGUUUUUCGGGAGAAGAUGGCAGCAAGCAAGGCCCCUGUGACCCUGCAGCUGUGCAGGCCUGGUUGCCUGUAGCUGCUCCUGACUGCUGUGUCAGUGUGACUUCUGAGGGAUUUCCCAUGGCGGAUGAAGUUUCAAUAAUAAAAUCCACUGGCCUCACCUUGGUAAAAUAUCCCUGCAAGUACAUGCAAAAACUUGUGAAUUCUCAGACUUCUUGUUUUGUCAACAGUGUAGUUGGAGUAUAUAUGUGUGUGUGUAUAUAUAUAUAUAUAUAUAUUUUUUUUUUUUCCCAGAAGAACAUGAGAAUAUGCUUCCUCAAUCACAGCUGCAAAAGUGCCAGGGUACAAUGUAAACACAAGCACAAGCAGGCAGGCGUGCCUCUGUAGAGCCCAGGGCUCAGGUCAUCUGAGCUUUGUUCUUGGCUUUUUUUUUCCCCAUUUCCUUGUGUAGUUCUAGUUUUUCCCAUAGUUCUUUAUAUUGUUUAGUGUUUGUCUAAAAACAGUUCCAUAAAACAUUUUUCUUGAGUGCACAAAUAGUGUUUUACAAGCACGUACCUGUGUGAAGGCUUGCCAGAGAAACAGCUUGCCUUUCCCCAGUGCUGACCUGAUGUGACUGUAACACUAAACGGAAGACAAGAAUCAGGACUGAUGCAAUGAUUCCAUUUCUCAGCUCAUCCCUUAGGUUAUAUAAGCUGCACUUUAUACUUCAGUUUCUGCUGUGGUGCUGUGUACUUGGUUGUGGUAUUUUUUUUCUUUUUGUUUUGUUUUUUAAAUCUUAGGAUCAUCUUGUAGUGAUGUUUGCCUCUUUGCUCACAUUGAAAAAUCUGUGGUAUUUGUAGAGGAUCUUAGUGGUCUUUUCAACCUUAACGAUCCUGUGAAGCUGAUGAUUGUGUAGAUGUGAAAAGCAGAAGGUAUUGUAGGCAGUAAUACUUGUGCAUACAUCAGACAAGAGAAUGAUUGAGAUGAGUGCUGAGGAAUACUGAACUUAGCUAUGAGAUUCUUUUUUUUUUUGGAUACUCUCAUUUUUGUCCCCUCAUUUUUAAAAUCAGAUUGAUAUCGCCCUGAUAUUUUGUAAGCUACAUGUGAGGAGUGCUUUGUAAGCCUAAAGCUUAUCUUGGAUACAUUAGCAUUAUUAUCAAUACUACCAUAAGUGGUUGGAGUAGGAAGGAAUCUGUUCCCCAGUCUGCAGUAGGCACUAUUACAAGGCACGAUUCUCUGGAUCAGUUUUUCCUUGCUCUUACAUCUCAAAGCCUUCCCAGGAUUGAGCCUGGUUUCAAUUACUUUCCUUCAUAAUCAGUGGUGAUGUUUCUGAUGCCUUGCUUUACAAAAUGAUGUGCUUUGAUUUCUUAGUUUUGCAAAGUACCUCAGGAGUUUGAUAGAAAAUUAUAUAAAGGAAUGAAACAAUUUGCUUGAAAGCUGGGAGGCAGCUAUAUCACACUGGGAACAGAAUAAAGCUUGCAGCUCUGAUUCAUUGGAAGAUGCAUUCUGGUAUUAUUAGCAGGAGGCAUAUCCUGAAGGAAAGGAAAGCAGCUUGAGGCUUGGUAACAACCCCAAGAGACCUUUGCAGAUUCAGGCAAGCGUGGAAGGGCCCCUUUCCUCCUGGAGACUGCCAACCCUGCAGUUGCCCUGUGCUAUCAGGAUUUGCUGAAGUUUCUACAGUUUAUUUUAUUACUGAUUUAUUUCAUAAGACUUUACUCAAGGAAAUUUACAAAAUAAAAAUAAAAACAGACUAGCCUCCAGAUCCUACUCCCAUCCCAGUGUUAUCAUCUUAGACCUGGAGAAACUGAUGAUGUUUUUCUUAUUUAUAUAUGCCUUAGGUACAGCUCAGUAUCAGCUGAGGAAUGAUGUGUGGAACAGAAAGUGCUGGGUUUUUAACAGACCUUUUCAGAGUGCCAGGGCUACUUCUAACGUAAGGGAUUUUAUUUGGUUUUAUAUUUUUGUACGUAAGUGCAGGUGAAAUGUGUCUUAAGAUUCAAUUGAAGCGUUAAUUAAUCAUCCGAGGAAUCACAAAUUUAAAUGAUUUUGGUUUUAUACCAAUGCUAUGUUACUGCAUUCCUUUAAAUGCCCUUCAUGUUUUCAGAUGAAGUGAAGAGAAUAUAGCAGAGCAUCUACUUUCUAGUGAUUCAUGAAAUUAAGAGGCCCUUUGCCUUCCCUGUCUUAAAUCAACAUGACAAACUACAUCCUUUACAGGGCUAUAUUACAUAUAUUCCCGGUGCUUUACCAGGAAAUUGGUAGAACUUCCCAAAUGUUGUGCAUUUAUCUUUCUUUAAAAGACAGCUGAUUAAUGUUAUUUGCAUGUGAGCAACAGAAUGUGUAAACAUGGACUGGGGACUCAUUCAAAUGAACACUUUGAGUUGGAUUCAUGACUGCAACAUUAAGCCAAGGGUGAGUGUAGCCCGGCUUGGAAAUGCAAUCACGAAACUUGGCAACUUAUGGCAUGUUAGUAUUGUCCUCUCUCUGUUUCCUUUUCCCAUGUAUUUUCUGAAGUCAGAAUGAGACUUCAGCCCCGUCCUUGGAGCACUGAAAAACAUCUGCCUUGCUUAUCUUGCCACACACCCUCCCAACCGUGAUACACAGAUCACUGCCCCUUCUCCAGUCGGCUGCAGAAGUUAACUCUUUCUCCUGUCUGAUGAGGUGGACAGCUUAGAGAAGUGUAAUGACAAGGAAGAGGCCAUGCACAUUAAAGGUUUUGGGGCCGGCUGAAAUGAGUCCUUUAAUAAACAGGUUUUUUUAAAUACUCCAGCUUCUUUCUUCCUAAGAGCCCAGGUUCUUUGUACGUAUGAACUCAUUAAGCCUCCUGAUGUGAUCUGCUUAGGUAUGUGAGUAGUACAUCUGCUCUCUUGUAGGGUAACUGAGGUACACUCUAGGUAGACUUUUUCCUUUUAUUUUUCUGCAGGAUUUGUUAUUACUUAUGAGAAAUGAAAUAGAGUCUAGAUCAUCUGUUAUUUAAUGCAGCUUCCUGUGCUAUAACCAUACGACCGUUCUUCCUCUAUAUGUGUAUCAUCUACAAAUGGAAGCAGAACUCUCAAAAUAUUUAAAUGCUUGUAUCACUGCUAAAUGCCAGGAUUUUAAAGGUGUUUUUAUUUUGUGGAAAGAUUUGACCACCUCAACUCACUGCUGGGGCUGUGUUAGGGAUGCCACAGCUGGUAACUCUGGUGGUGGAGCUGCUGAGUACAGCAGGAUGAGUGAGAAAUUAAGAGAGUAUCUCAAGGUGGGCAUUCCCUUGUUUUACUGUGAAUCAGGCGUUGGGCUUUGCUCUCAGCAUUCUUCGGGUGGUCACAAAAUCAUGCAAAUUAAAACGUGAUGCGUGUCUCUCUCUACUGUGUGGUGUAGACCUGUGAUCCAUGUUAACAGUGCUGUUUUGAUUUGCCUGUCCACAUUGAGCUGUGUUUGACACAUCGCCAGAACCAAGUGGCACCCAGGAGGAGUACCUGGCAUGGCUUUUGGUGCAAGCUAAAGCAGCAGCUACUGCAAACCUUUCCUGAUCUUUGUGAAUAUAGGUAGGGUUAUUUGUGAAGAGAGCAGUCUCUGAGAUGUCACCUAGGGGAUGUUCAGUUGGUCAUCGUGAUAUGCCUCACCAUAACCUUUUUCAUCAAACUUAAAUGAUUGUGUUAUGUAUUGAUGCAGCAUGAAGUAAAGGGGAUGUGGGAGUUUUUCAGUGCAGAGCUGUCCCCACCAUCAGCCCUCUUCAAAAUGGAGCCAGCAAAAGCUAGUGCAAGAAGAAUGCGUCUCAUUGGUGAGAGUUAAUAUUUGUUUACCAGUUGUCAGAGUUAGGGUAUGACAUAGAACUCACAGCUCAUCUGAUGUGCCUGGCCACUGGGAAAAAGGACAAUCCUGUCCUCCCAUCAAAGCAAGUGUAUCCAAGCCUUGCUUGAAUGGGAUUCAAAUCUAGGUGCCUGCCACAGAGGCAGAGCCAUUCCUCCUUGAUCCGUGUGCUUCAUCACUGUCACUAAAUUUUUCAGUUGUGUACUUAGAACUGGGACUUGCAGCUGACUGGUUUUAGGAAGGAGCAGUCUCCUUUUUCCAGAACAUGGGGAUGACUAGUACCUUAGCUUUGUCAGGCAGCUGCAUUUGUCUGACUCACCUUUUGGCUGCGUCACUGCAGACUGCUGCAGUGUCAGGAAAAUAGUAGGAGUGCAUGGCCAGGAGGGGAAGAGUGAAUAAAGAAGUGGAGGGAGAGACAGGGAGGGUCUUCUUUCCUUUUCUCUCCAAGAAGCAAUUCAGAUACCUGCACUGACACUCCUGGAAACAGAACUUGGCAGUGAUUUCUGUCCUUUCUGUGCAAGUGCCUUGUGCCCAGAACUCAUUCCACUAAGAAACAUUCAUGUUAAAGAUUUCAAAAGUAGAAAUGAUCUCAUUCUUCCUACUGCUUAUUUGGGUUUUCUGUCUUGGUUACCAUUUAUGGGGAAAUAGCUGGUUGUAUCCAACUUGUCAAGCGACUGACAUCACUGCCUGAAAGACCCUUUUAUUUGUCUCUCCACUGAUCUCCAUCUUUACACUGUUGGUACUGAACUGGUACUUCCAUUUACUCUUCCUGCAGGUAACUCCACUUGUCCUCACCUCUGCUUGUUGGAUGAAGUCAUAAUGGCACUUAGUCACCUUACAGGGCAAUAGAGACUUGCCUGUUGAAAAGCAACACUGAGAGCUGUUCCGCAGGAACUCAGGUGUUGUUUUUUUUUCUGCCUUCCUAUAAAGCCUGCACCUUUGCAUCUUAAGUGACCUAUGUUGCAUGAAGAGUGUUUCUUACUGAUGAGUCUUGUUCCUUUUCUCAGCUGCCAAGAGCAUGCUUAGUCCUCAGCAUAUGUUGUAAGACCUUUCUGAAGGUGUUACUGAUAGGAAAGGCUUGCUCCUAGAGAGUUGGUUGUUUUGCUCUCUUAUUCUUAUCAUAAUCAAUUUAAUCUUGAAAACAUAUGAAAUCAUGUUCUCUAAGCUUUUAAGUUUUUAAAUCUCUCAAUUUGCCCAUUUUAGCAUGUUUAACUUUGGCACAGAUAUGCCAAAGCUUCUGUAUCUUUUAUAAUCUUAGGCAAAUAAGCAUAUAUCUUUAACCCUUUUUCUUUUUCUUGCAGCUGGAUCUGGCCAGAGCUUUUGCUCAUACUCUGCUUUUACUUCUCUUGUCCUUUAACUAAGAAACAGGAUAAUUGAAUUAAAUCUCUGAGAUUAAAUUAAUGGAAAAUACCACCCAUUUUGAAUGAGCUUUUCCAGUCCAUGACAGGAGAAGGACCUUCCACAGAACCUAAUGCUUAUCACAAACCUCAUUGUCUUUCACCUAGCUACAAAUCCUCUUUUCAUUUUUCUUUUUUUUCUUUAUACACCCUUCCAGGAAGAUAAGGGAUAGGAAUAUGUGUGUGUAGGAGAUAGGAGGGGUUAUGUAUAUGUACACAUCUGUAACAAAGCACUCCUGGAUACGCCUUAGCCCUAGAGGAGAUGAACAGCUGUGGCAUUAAGCAAUGGGCUGCAGGGAGGAGGCAAGGAGGAUGGAGGUAAGGGAGCAGGUGGGAAGUCUGAACUGAAUUACCUGUUCAGUGACGUGUGAUGAGUGGACACCAAUGGAGUAGCAAAUAGAGAGGCCUUUCAGGUAGCAGUCUAGGUUGCUUAACGAGUUGGAUACAGGAAGGCUGUUCGCAUCUUUUUCUGUAUCCUGGGCAUCAUCAUGAUCAUCUGCUUUAUGUGCCAACAGCUGUCUCCUUCUCCAAAAACCACAGUUAGAGAAAUUAGCUGUUGUAGUGGGAUUCAAAUGCGCAAGCAUCUGCUCUCCAGCAUUGCAUGUACUAACAAGAUUCGUUACCUGCGUUUGUAGCUUUGAAGGCCGGAGGGAUCUGUUGUGCUCAUUAACCCUGGCUGCAGGCACUGUGCAGGCCAUCACCGGUCAUUGAUGUUCUGCAUCUCAUUUAGCAGCCAGCUCCUUUGCUGGCCCAGGCUGAUCAUGUCUAAUUACUAUAUUUAAUUUGAUUGAUGUGAUUCAAAAAGAGCCUUGCAAAAGUCAGGGUUUUGAACAUACACGAAGCAAAAAAGAAAAUAAACUCAGUGCCCUUCAUCUUGUUGUACAAUUCAGUAUAAAGACCCCUCCAAGUUCCCAAAGGUGAAGUCCCUCUGCUUCUCUCACCCAAAGCUCCUUAGAAAAUGGGAACUCAGAAGCAAAGAGUUGGUUUUCUUGUAUCAAAGCUGAGAGUGCAUUACAGUUUCAAGGAAACUUCAUGCAGUUGUCUCAUUAGAAACUCCUCCUGUUCUUUGCUACUUCAAGUUGUACCUCUUGGCCACAAAAGAGCCAAGGCUUGGAGAUACCGUCUGUGAUUAGAUUAUACUUUCAGACAGCUGUCUGUUUUGUAGUGGGACAUGUCUUUUGUUACACUCAAGUAUAAUCUUAUUCGGAAAAACCAGUCACAAACAAAGGAGGAAGCACAUUUUUUGUUCAGUGACCUCUGAAAAGUUGAUCUUGCUCUGUCCAGAAUUAUUUAAUGGUCCAAAACAUUGCAGCAAAAUGUUGCGCUUCUUCUAUGUGCAAGUUGAUUUAGCUGGUCAUAAAACUGUUCUCUUGAAUCCAUCUGGAUAGAAGUGCCAACUAAAAGCUGAGAAAAUGCUUAGGUGCAUGUGAACACAUUUGCUUCUGGUGGUAGAAGCAUCUAAAACCAAGAAGCUCCUUUAAGAGGGCAGUGAUUUGUAUGGCCAUGAAACUUAGGGAAGGUCAAAUGAAAGGAAAGAUGGAAGUAAGCUAAAGCAAACUUUGAAAUGUCAUUUCACUGCACGGCAUUGUUAGAGCAUUGUUAGCUUUCUCUUUUUGCCAGUAAAGUGACAUACAUCACUUUAGGUGGGCCCUGAAAGCGAGAAUGAGCUGUGUGGGGCUGCCAGUUGAGUUUGCCCAUCACGUGUUAUGCUUUGGGCCUUCCAGGUGCUGACGAAGCUGAUGUCCAUUCGGAGCACUGCCUGGAAGACAUCACAGCAUGUGGGUAGAAUCACAGAAUGGUUUGGGUUGGAAGGGGCCUUAAAACCCACUCAGUUCCAACCCCGUGCUGUGGUUGGGGCCCAGAGCCCCAUCCAUCCUGGCCUUGAGUGCCUCCAGGGAUGGGGUAUGCACAGCUUCUCUGAGCAACUUGUGCCAGCGCCUCGCUGCCCUCUCAGUAUAAAACUUCCUCCUAAUAACUAAUCUGAAUUUCUCCUCUUUUAGUUUAAAACCAUUCCCCCUUGUCAUAUCACUGUGUAAAAAGUCACUCUCCAUCUUGUUUAUGAGCUCCUGUCUGCUCUCUCUGUUCUCAGCACCACCACUGCCCUCCAACCUUCUUGACUGAGCCGACAUACAGCUUCUUUAUUUUCCCCCUUCUCUCUACAUGAGAUUAAUGGGAUCUGUGUUUUUGUCUAUCUUAUGGCCGCCCACAUAGUAAUUUUAAUGGGUGUUGAAACCCAAGUGAUUGGGUUGUCUGAAAAAGCCCUUCUGCAAAUAAAAUAAAAAGGGUUAUUUGAAAGAGCUGAGCUAAUGAUCUAUUUAUUUAUUUAGUAUUGUAUGUCCCUGUGAGUUGUUUAACACUCAGUGAACGUUCUAAGCACAGGAUGUCUCCAAAUUGUGCUGCUAACUGCGGGACAGAGCGAUUGAUAGAGUAAAUGUGUCCUUAAAAGUUGAGUAACGUACAGCUGAAAUGGAAGUGGUUUGUUAUUAGCGAUCUUAAACUUUAAUAGCUGUUCUCCUAAUGUUAGUGAAAGCAAAAGUUGGAACUAACUGUUUUAAGUGUGCAUAUAUAUUUGUUUAUGCAUAGCUUAUGUGGACAGUCAUCUACAGGUGUCACAUAUGUACCUAUCUGUAGGCAUCCAUGCACAGUUUUACCCGCCCUGUAUUGUUUCCUGUCAGGGAAAGGCAUUUCCACUUGCUUGCCACACUGCUUGCUGGAAGCAGAGCGGGGCUGAAUCUCGGCCUGGUGCUCUGGGAGCCUGCUGCUGCCCUCCUUGAAUGGCAGGAAAUCCUGGAGUGCAGAACAACUCCAAUAUUCAGUUUUUAUUCCUUAUUAGGAAAUAUUUCCUUGUUAUUACUGCGGGUGUGUUGUGACGAUUUACAAUUAAUUUCUGUGAGCCAAAUGGAAGAGACAAGGCCCAGUUGCUGAACUCUUGCUCCCUUUGUUUUCUUUUGACCAAUGCGGGCAGAGCUGGCCUCCCUAGAACACCUUAAAGGAAGAGGUUUUUGCCCAGUGUAGUCGCUCUAUCUGGGUUGUACAGCUCCUUGUGCUGGCACAAGGCGUCGAGUGGCAACGAAACAAGGAGAUGGCUGGGUGGGAGGUGGGACAACUUCUCUCAGAACCAGCGUCAGCUGGUGCCAGCUUGGAGUAUACAUCCAACUGUGGCCUUUGCUGAUGUUGUUUUGAAAGGCUUUUUGCCUCCCUAGAGCCCCUCCUUUACACUUCGGGGUCACCCCAGACUGUCCCCUGGGCUUUCCCAGUGCCAUCGUUCCUGAAGGGCAGUGUCUGCUGCAAGACGGCCCCGUGCUGUCCAUUGAUGUGAACGUCUCCUCACGGCUUUCUCACGGCCGCGAGGUCGGGCCUGGGCAGCCUUUGCUCCUUUCGGUGUGGGAGCUGGGACCAGGCCAGGCUCUUCCUUUUAGCUCUGCUCAUAACGGUCGGCUCAUCUGGGCCUUCCAGGGGAAAGCGAGAAUGACUUAAAAUGGCUAAAACAUUCCAACAUCUCUUGCUUUUAAAUAGCAGAGCCUGUGCCGACAGGGCUAAUUUUACUCUGUUUCUUGGUGCUGCUUUAAAUAGAACAACUGUAAUUCAUUCUGUAACUUUAAAGGAGCAAAGCUUACAAGAACGUAACUCAUUGGGAAAUGAAUAACAAAUGAAAGGCAAUGAAGUAUACAAGUGAGGUAAAUGAGACUCUAACAUUAGUGACAGCUUGUUGCAGCUUUGAAUUUCCUUUCCCCCCUCAUAAGGGGACUGCACUAAAAGCUGGAGGACGUCAGAAAGAACUGGUUUGGGCCAUAACACAAGAAGAAAAAUCUGCGUGUGAAGUGUCUGUUUUGUUGUGUUUGGCAGGGAAUGUUUCUUCCUUCAGGUAGUAUAUUAAAUAAAAUAGGAAUUUGUGAGUGGUGAUACUACUGAAAACAUGAAUUAUUUAGGAACGUAGUACUUAUUUUUCUUUCUGAAACAUAUCACAGAGCAGUGCAUGGCAAACACUCCGGUCUGAUAACCAUGAGCUUCAGCAGUGGCAGUAGUGGAGCUAGCAUCAUCUGAUGCUAGGACAUAGAAGGAGAACAUGACAUUAAAACGUACCAAAUUGAAGUUCAUUUCUGCCAAUUAAAGAAAAAUCUUUGGACAAGGCUCUGUUUUUUACAUGAGAAUCUGUAUUUAGUAAUAAAUUAAGUAUUAAGGGAGUUGCAAAAUAGUGGCACGUAAUUAGUAUAGAUGAGGAUGGUCAGGUUUUUCUUGUUUUCUUGCUAUCCUGAGAAUGCAAGAUUCUGUAGUGUUUUGUGUGUUCCUGGAGCCUUGAAAGUGGAUUUGAAAUGGGUUGCAGAAAAAGAAGGCAGGGAACCUCUAUGGGAAGAGACUCAGUCUAAACAGCUGGAUGGUGAAAGCAUGCACAGUGCAAGUGCCAAAAUUGUGCUAGCAGAAAUAGCAGCGCAGAAAGUCCUUUGCCUUUGAGUCUGGUAGCCUAGUAUGACCACGUUCUUUUUCUGUUUCAUCUCUGAAGCUGCCAGCUGUUCCACAGCACCUCUGUCUGUGCUGCACGUUCACAUAUCAGCUCACCAUGUGCCCAGCCGUGCGCUCCAAGCUGCCCACAGAGCCUAGACAGCUCUGCUCCAGCUGCUGCUCCUCCCCUCUCGCUGCUGUGUCACACCACCCUAUCCUGAUGAGCCUUCAGUUGCUUAUUCCAUUUAUCUGUCCCUGCCCACUGCUUUUUGGUGUGAAUCAUGCAGUUAUUUGUGUGUGGUGGGUUGUUUUUCUCAUAUGCAUGUGUGUGUAUAUAUAUAUAUCCUGCUUCUCUUUUUAAGGAAAUCCAAACAGUUUGGAGGCAGCAGGACUGGUGCUCAGACAUCCAGCCUUUCUGUAUCCAUGUCCUUUUCCAGACAGCACUGUAUUCUUUAGAUGCAAUCCUUGUCACCACUGCUUUUCGUGCCCGGUUUUACUGGUUGCCUUGCUGUGUUAUCUGUCCAGAGUCACGCAGCAUUACUAAGCAUACUCUGGCUUCUCACCCAGAAGAGCGCCAGUGCUACGUGCAGUGUUGAUCUCUGGCAUUUCUAAAGGUAACCACUGUAUUGUGCUGUAUGCGUUUACUAUAGAACAGGUCUGACACCAAAAGUGGAUCUCUCCUUUCUCUUUUAAUUUCUCAUUCUUGAAAAUGCCAUUCAUGUGCUUUGUUUCAGGAGAAAGUGAUGAUGAAACACAUUUUGCUAAGAAAAUUAGGUCUUUUGAAAAGCAGAAAUAUAUAUUUCAGCAUCUUCCUUACCAGAGGCUUCCACUGAAGAGCCAAAAGUUCAUUGUAAACGGAAACUUUCCUGAACUUUGCAGUUUUACUCCUUUUACUGCAGUAGGGAACUGCCUCCGUAGUUGCUAGGGUUUAGGCAUGUGCUUGAAUAUAUAAAUGAAAACAACUAUUGGCCUUACCAUGGAGUGACAUAGCCAUUUUGAGAGGAAGGAUUGAUGUUCACUGUCUGCUUACAAACAUGUAGCUAUGUGUUUAAAAUUGGUGUCAGAGAUCCGGAAGCAUGAGGAAGGCAGCAGCACAGUUCUGUCACGUGGAGGAAAGCAUGCUUUUGUCUCUGAAAGAAUUGUGGUUUUUGGUCCUUGGCUUAAAUAUGCAUUUAGUACUGAGCCUGGAGUAAGCUUACUCUAGGACUUGCAUGGUUUCAAGGAUAAGACUAUUCUCCUUAUAGAACUCAGAUCCAGAUGAUAUAUCAAGUCUGGGCCUACGCAAAUAGAUAGUUACACCAAACUAUAUGAUGUAAGCCAGGUGUGCAGGAGACCUACCUGUAAGGAGGUUGGCACCUUCAGAGUCAGUCUUAUGGAAGUAAAGCCCAGUCGUCAUGCUGAUGACUGUCCAGCUUGCACAAACUUGCUUUUUCUGAUGAUGGAGGAUGGAAAGUAUGGCAUAAGGUGAUACCUCUAUGCCUUCCCUCACCUCUGCAUGCCCCAGGCUGGAGCUGAGAAAGCUAUAGGUUACGUGCAAGAGACUUGGACUUUGUUCUUGUCCUUCCUGAUUAGAAGGUGACACCAGUGAAGGGCCAAGUGUUUCUUUCUGGGGAGACUAGAUCUCCAGGCUGUGGGAGCUGCCAAGAAGUAUCCUGGUGGGAUCAUGAGUUUUGAGCCAUCAUUGUGCAGUAAGAGCUCGGCAUGGAAUUUUCAUGGUGGAAGCACUGCCAGAAGAAUCCAUUAAGGCUUUGACUUGGAGCUGCCACGAUAGAUUGGAGCAAAGACUGAAGCUGUAGUAGAUCCUGCUUGGCCUCUCCUUACUUUCCAGUUAGAAGAUAACUUGAAGUGUAGAGAAGAAAUAUGUGCUUGGACCUGGCAACAUUCUUCAACCAGGAAGGAGAUGUGUGUGUUACCAUGGCUAUGACUGCAGGGACCACAACAUCCUUUCCCAUGAGCAACCACACCCGCGAGAGAGUGACAGUGGCCAAGCUCACACUGGAGAACUUCUAUAGCAACCUCAUUAUCCAGCAUGAAGAGAGGGAAACCAGGCAGAAGAAGCUAGAAGUAGCUAUGGAUGAAGAAGGCCUAGCAGAUGAGGAGAAAAAACUGCGCAGGUCCCAGCAUGCUCGCAAAGAAACAGAGUUUCUGCGACUGAAGAGAACAAGACUUGGCUUGGAUGACUUUGAAUCUUUGAAAGUAAUAGGAAGAGGAGCAUUUGGAGAGGUACGUCUUGUUCAGAAGAAGGAUACAGGUCAUAUUUAUGCAAUGAAGAUACUAAGAAAAGCAGAUAUGCUGGAGAAAGAACAGGUGGCCCAUAUCCGAGCAGAAAGAGAUAUAUUGGUUGAAGCAGAUGGAGCAUGGGUAGUGAAAAUGUUUUACAGCUUUCAGGAUAAAAGAAAUCUUUACUUGAUCAUGGAGUUUUUACCUGGAGGUGACAUGAUGACCUUAUUAAUGAAGAAAGACACCUUAUCAGAAGAGGAGACACAGUUCUACAUUUCUGAAACUGUGUUGGCCAUAGAUGCUAUUCACCAGCUGGGAUUCAUCCACAGAGAUAUUAAACCAGAUAACCUUCUGCUGGAUGCCAAGGGUCAUGUAAAACUGUCUGAUUUUGGGCUAUGCACGGGUUUAAAGAAAGCUCAUAGAACUGAGUUCUACAGGAACCUUACACACAACCCACCAAGUGACUUCUCGUUUCAGAAUAUGAACUCCAAGAGAAAAGCAGAAACAUGGAAGAAAAACAGGCGACAGCUGGCAUAUUCUACUGUUGGGACCCCAGAUUACAUUGCACCAGAAGUAUUUAUGCAGACUGGGUACAACAAACUCUGUGACUGGUGGUCUUUGGGAGUGAUUAUGUAUGAAAUGUUAAUAGGGUAUCCACCUUUCUGCUCAGAGACACCACAAGAAACUUACAGGAAAGUUAUGAACUGGAAAGAAACUUUGGUAUUUCCUCCAGAGGUGCCCAUUUCAGAGAAAGCAAAGGAUUUAAUUCUAAGGUUUUGUACCGAUUCAGAAAACAGAAUUGGUAGUAAUGGAGUGGAGGAAAUUAAAAGUCAUCCGUUUUUUGAAGGAGUGGACUGGGGACACAUCAGGGAAAGGCCAGCUGCAAUUCCAAUAGAAAUCAAAAGUAUUGAUGAUACAUCCAACUUCGAUGAAUUUCCCGAGUCUGAUAUUUUACAGCCAGGUGAGGCUUCUAUCUACAGCAUGCCAGAAUAUUCCUUGGGUUCAUUCAUUCUUGUUAAUGUUCAUUUUUCUGAUACCCUAAUCAAGUUAAUAUACAGGCUUGAUCUAGACAUUUUCUUUCAAAAAUACAUGUUAACCUAUGAUGUGUCAUAGCUUCUACUUCCUUAAAACUUUGGGGCAAAAAGAAAAAAAGA